GAAGGGAUCCACUUGGGGGCAAGCUGGUGAUGCGUCACAGCUCUUGGUGAAAAGAGGAGACAAAAAAGAGGACUAAAAUAGCGCCUAACCUGCGGGUUAAUGUGCACCAAUGGCCACGAAGCCACUCGUGGUCUCAGAGCUGAGCGCAAACGUGCCACAGGUGAUAGGAGGUAUGAGCACCGGGAUGAGGGAGUUUGUGCGCGUUAGGUGUUGCAAAUAACCGAGAGAAAACGACUACCAAACAAACCAAACUUUGCGAUGUAAGAUUAGUGUCCGAAAAGCUCUGCAACGGUGCAGAAAUUCUACGACUUCACCACGUCACUUCUCGGGAGAUCAUGAAACAACAUCGGAUGAGGCUGAAGCGAGGACAAGUUGAGGAAGCUGAGGAAAGCUAUCUUCACCGAUGAAGCAGCCAAGUUCCUCUGCUCUGCGCCUCUCCUUUUACGCACAGGCGAGGUGAGGACGGAGAGCAUCUCAUCAAUAUCAAUGUAGAAGAAAACAGCACAGAGUUUAACCUGAGGUGCUGAGAGAUCUGCACAAGACGGAAAGAAGCACAACUGCACAAUUUCAAUCGAAAAAAAAAGCACACCAUGGCUGCAGAAGGGGGAUCCUCUGGUUUGGCCAAAUCAGCCGCCGUGAAACUAUCCGAGAUGGGCGAAAGAACCAAGCAGUUAGGAACCGCCAUGAGGGAUCCACACCAGCAAAGACGGAUCAUAUUAGUGAUUGUUUGCGUGGCUCUCCUCCUGGACAAUAUGCUCUACAUGGUAAUCGUGCCAAUUAUUCCAGACUAUCUUGCUGAUCUGGAGAGUGAGCAGUCAGAGCACGUCCACGUAGUGAUGCACCCCAACACUUCAGUCAACAGCACAAGCCAAGCCAAGAGCAACAAGGACAAUUUAGACGUCCAGAUAGGAGUACUUUUUGCAUCCAAAGCCAUCCUGCAACUUUUAGUUAACCCACUCUCGGGAACUUUCAUUGACCGGGUCGGAUAUGACAUCCCGCUUUUAAUUGGACUGACUGUCAUGUUCGUAUCCACCUGUAUAUUCGCAUUUGGAGAAAACUAUGCGACUCUUUUUGUGGCUAGAAGUUUGCAGGGUUUGGGUUCUGCUUUUGCGGACACUUCUGGACUUGCGAUGAUAGCUGAUAAAUACACGGAGGAGGCUGAGAGGAGCAGGGCGCUGGGCAUCGCACUGGCGUUCAUCUCUUUCGGGAGUCUGGUGGCGCCUCCCUUUGGGGGGGUCCUGUACGAGUUUGCUGGAAAGAGGGUGCCCUUCAUCGUUCUCGCCUGUAUUUGCCUGGCGGAUGGUUUUCUGCUGCUGACCGUCAUCAAGCCGUUUACCAACAGGACUAGAGAGAACAUACCAGUGGGUACCCCCAUUUACAGACUCAUGAUUGACCCCUACAUAGCUGUGGUUGCCGGGGCGCUGACAGUUUGCAACAUCCCUUUGGCCUUUCUAGAGCCCACCAUAGCCAACUGGAUGGAGAGCACCAUGCACUCCUCACAGUGGGAAAUGGGACUCACCUGGCUCCCAGCCUUCUUCCCUCAUGUCUUUGGUGUGUACAUUACAGUCAAACUUGCAGCCCAACAUCCAAAUUUGCAGUGGUUUUACGGGGCUGUAGGUUUGGUUAUCAUAGGGGCGAGUUCUUGCACUGUCCCAGCAUGCAAAACUUUUGGCCAACUCAUAGCCCCGUUGUGCGGUAUUUGUUUUGGCAUCGCUCUAGUCGACACUGCCCUCCUUCCCACGCUUGCGUUUCUGGUUGAUGUGCGUCAUGUUUCUGUGUACGGUAGUGUUUAUGCUAUAGCUGAUAUUUCCUACUCUGUCGCAUACGCCAUGGGUCCUAUAGUAGCCGGACAGAUAGUGCACAGUCUCGGGUUUGUUCAACUUAAUCUGGGUAUGGGCCUCGUCAAUGUGCUUUACGCACCAGCCCUGCUGCUGUUGCGCAAUGUGUGCCAAAUGAAACCGUCCUACUCCGAAAGAGAUAACCUGUUAGAUGAGGCUCCGCAGGGGUUGUACGAUACUAUUAAGAUGGAGGAGAGGAGAGCUAAAAAGAAGGGCUACAGCUCAGCAGGGAAUUGUUUGAGUGUAGAUGAAAAUGGGUUUGACCCUUUUAAAGCACAGCGGUCCUUGUCCGAAGAGUCGUCCGGUCCGGAGUUCACUUAAACCGGACACACACCUCCUCCACCCCCACCCCUUGGUACCCCUUCCCUCAAAGAGAUCAAAGAUAAGGCAGGUCUUUAGGUUAGUGGUUAAACUUUUAUGUAAGUACCGAUGUGCAAUAUCAACACCCAAUCACACAAAUCAUGAUUGCGUGACUCGCUUUUCCAAAGUUUUUUUUUUGUUUUGUUUUGUUUUUUUUUUCUUUUAAUUGUGAUUUCAUUGUGUCUAAAAGUCUCUGUAACGUUUGUCAUGGACGUAUAACUGGAGUUUUGUGAGAGAUCUAUCAACUACUGUUGAAUUUGUGUGUAUCACUGAGUAUUGUAAAAAGGUAUAAAUAGAUAAAUGUGCGUACAAGAUUAUAUGGGACCAACUCUACUGUAUAAGCAGCACAUCCCCCCCACCCCCACCCCCCAACACAAAAAUAGCCUAUAUUUUUAGUCUGAAAAACCUUUUUUUACUUGCACAUCAAAGGCCUAAUCUCAUUUUUUUUGUUGUGGAAAAUUUAGUGGAAUAUUAAUUUUGUAACACGUGGGCCUGUUUAUGAUUUUUAUUAUUUUGUUGUUUGAAAAAUAAAUGUACUAUAUAAAUGGGUUUUGUACAUAUGUGGAUAUAUGCACAAUGUAAAUUGUUACGUGGACCUCUGCAGAGUGUGUAUGUGUGUGUGGAUGCGUGUGUGCGUGUGUGUGUGUGUGUGUAUGUAUGAAACAUUUUGUCAAAACGUAGCCGAUGAAGUCAGUCUCCUUAAAAUGAACAGAUAUGUAUUCAUUUAUUAUUAAUGGUCGUUUUAAUAAAUCUCUGUUUGGAUCUGUG